ACCCUAACGACUCCUCAUGUUAAGGAGAACCUCUCAUUAAUAAUGUUAGGAUAGUAAUUGUCAUUUAUGUAACACUUAUCGAAUAUGAGCACUUUUACUAUGCUAUAUAGUAUUGGUGCUUUAAUGUACAACUUAAAGUUGUACCAUAACAUUAAAUGUAUAAGUUUAGGUUGUACCAUAAAACAAUUUGUAUUAUUAUGUUAUGGUACAACUUUACAACUUGAAGUUGUACCAUCAUAUAAAGGUACAAGUUCAAGUUGUACCAUAAAAGAGUUUGUACAAAAAGUAUAGGUACAAUCUGAAGUUGUACCAUAACGUAAAUGUAUAAUUUUAAGUUGUACCAUAAAUGCAAAACCCUAUAACACCAAUACUAUAUAGCAUUGUAAAAUUUCUCAUUGAAUAUAUAGAGUUAUUUUCAUAGUCUUGCAGAACAUAUAGCAUCCACAUGUGUGAAUGUAAGCGAAGUUAAGGUUCGAGCUAAGUGGAUUCAUUAUUUUUUGUCAAGUAAUUUUAUUCCCCUCUGUUUACUUAAGGUUAAUGGAAUAAUUCUUUCUAAUAUUGAACUAAUCAGUAUAACAGUACUGCAAGCGCCAGAAAAACGUCAAACUCAAACGAACGGAAUGAAUCACAUGACACAACAUUUGUGUUAUGGAAGAAAGGAGAAUGUAGGAAGCUUGAAGCGAUUUUUUUCGUGCAGAAAAUAAGUAGAAACAAAACGUAACCGUGAGAAAAUGAUGAAUUUAUAGUGAAUGAAAGGGUGCAACCAUACCCGCUUACAAAUAUUUAUAUCCAUACCCGUCCCAUACCCAUGCGGGGAAGGUUUUGUAAACCCAUUCCCAUACCCAUGGGUUUCGGGUACCCAUGGGUAAUACCCGCCCCGUACAUCCAGCAUUAUAAUAUCGAAUAUUUACAUGUAGAUUUUCAAUUAUAACAUUAAACGCACCUACUAUAUCAUGAAGCCGACAAAGAGACAAUCAUUUUUAAUACGAUUCAAAACAUUUUAUCCUAAAGCAUCCAUUAAUCCAUAUCACAGUAUAGUACAAUGUCAUCCAAAUCAUUAUUCUCUACACUAAUACAUCAAUUAAGUAAUAAUUAAUUAACAUAAUUUUGUUAAAAGGGGAAAAAGUGAAAGAGUUGAGGGAAAACUGAGAGAAAGAAGUUAGAUUUUGAUUUGGGUGGUCACUCAAUUGCAUUUCUACUAUAUAUUUUUCUUGAGUUAUACUCACUAUUAUUGAUAGGUUGCAAAUUGAUUCACAUAUUUUUCAUAUAUGAAGAAAUAUUUUUGGUGGGGCGGGAGAGGUUAAAACCAUACCUACCCCAUACCCAUCAAACUUUUUGCGGGUUUUACCCAUACCCGAUCAAUGCGUGGAUUACCCGCGUUGACUGGGUCGGAGGCGGUCGGAUACCCGUGGGCAUGGGUAUGAUUGCCAUCCCUAGGUGCAACAUGUAAAGUUGCACCAGUGGUAGUUGAACCAACCGAAAAGGUGUAAAGAAUGAAGGAACACAAUCUAGAAAGCCGUAUUGGUGGUAGUUGGAUCAGUAGAAUAGGUUAAAAUCUAAAGUGUUACAAUGGUUCGAGUUUGCUAAUGCUUGAUGAACCGACAGAACAAGUGCAAAGUCUAGUUGUUUCGAUGCUAAAUUCAUACUAAUACAGUCAGUUACCAAAACCUUAAAUUGAACUCGAUGCCAGAACAGAGAGAGCAACGACGACGACGACACAAGAGCCCAACUUCUUUUUAUCUUUUACUAGCCAUAACAGUUUACCUCACAUAGUCACUUACAUACCCACUUUCACUAAUAUUGUACAAUUUUUUGCUGUCCUUCCUUUCAUUUCAUCAAACCAAAUUCCAACAAUAAUUUAAGAUGCAACUUUACUUAUAAUUAGUUUUUAAAUGCAACUGCUUGUGUAUGCACAUAGAGAUUAACAAAUUUAACAAGCCCAAACGGCUGAAAUAUUGAAUUGUGAAGAACUUAUUGACUUUGCAAUAUAAUGGCGAUAUAUAUAAGCCGACCAGCAAGCUCAUCUAUAUUGACGAGCGAGGUGCCAAUGGGCCAAACAAAAUUGGGAGCCGGACUAGAGUAGGUUGGGUUGCCUUUAAGAAUUUGUUUCGGAAUGGAAUUUGUCUUUAGGCUAAAAUUAAAAAUAUCUUUGGCUAAUGGAAUUAUAAUAAUUAUUGAAGACAGUUAAAUCUUAGUUGUGAUUAUUCCUGUGGAUAGUCAAAGAUGCUUGUUGAUCAAUCCCAAAUACACACAAAAAAUGGUGAAUUCUCGAUCAGGAUCAUUCAAGCAGCAGAAAGGGCAAGUGAAUGGGAAUAUGGUAUAUGAUUGUUUUUGUUUUUAGUGAUUAGAAGGUGUCCAUUAUUAUGGUAUUGUUGGUUUGAUUUAAGCUUGCACGAAUUAUUUUCAAUUGAUUGUAAUUAUUUUUUUAUAGUAUUCUCUCUCACUUCUCUCUUCUUUCUCUCUCUUGUUCUAGCAAUUCUGAUCGCAAUCCGGCGGAUAUGGCCGCUGCAGCCGUUGAAGGGGCGCCGAACGUUUCAUGUGAGGAGGAGGGUAGUCGUCUACGUUUCAUUCAACUGGAGGUGACCGAUGGUGCUCUUCUCCUACCUCGGGUGUUGAGGGAUGUUGGGGCGACGGUGGAGAGAAUCCCUAGUUGGGCAGUUUCUGUCCGAGCUGCCGUCGAUCCAGAUGAUUCAGAUAUGGGCAAAUCGUUUGUGGGGGCGCGAGGGAAAAAUUCAUGUAUCUAGAUUUUGGGAUUCCAUGUUCCUCUUUCGGUUUCCUGAUUUUGCACCGAGUACCUGGGCUUUUGAGGGAGGGCCAUGGCACUGUCAACAUGUGCCCUUGUUCCUGUGUCGCUGGACGCCUGGGAUUCAGCCUCUGGAUAUUCAGCUAUCAUCGUUGCCAAUAUGGGUUAAGAUUCGGGGGAUUCCACUAGAGUACCACACAGUUGAUGGUUUUAGCCGAAUUGCUAGUGUUCUGGGGGUUCCACUCUGGAUGGAUCAGACAACGAAGCUGGGUACAAACAUAGGUACUGCUAAACUCCGUGUUGAUCUGGGGUUGAUUAUGGGUUCAGGGAGGAAAUUUUGGUUCAGCCGGAGGGUGAUGUGGCCUUCUCUCUUCGAGUUGAGUAUUUGAGACUCCCUCCGCGCUGUCUUCAUUGUCAUAUCUAUGGCCAUGAGGAGGGUCAAGGGAAUGAAUGAAGGUUGAGGUGGAGGGUUCUUGGAGGCAUAAAGAAUUUCAGAAGGAGGUAGUCCAGGAGGCGACCCAACAGCUUCCUCCGGUGAUUACGUCGACCUCCUCUCUCACUACAAUCCUUACUAAUGGCGUUUCUUCUCUAGGAGGAUUCCACCUAGUCCCUAAAGGGUUACAGCUGUGCUCCUGUGUUGAUUCAACAAGUGGUACCAAGGUGGUUGAACCUAGGAUCUGGCACUGUGAUGGGGAUGUUGAGCUUGAUAAGGUCGUGGCUAGUAUUGAAGAGUCUGGUAGUAGUAAGUUGGGUAACAAGUCUGGUGCUGCCAAAGUCCCUGCACCCUCUAAGAAGGGGAGGGGGAGAGAUAAGCAUUGAUGAUUCUAUUAUCUUAUAAUAUUAGGGGCUUUAACACCCCUGAAAAACAACGGUAUGUAUAUAGUAUAUUAAAUAAGUUUAAGUUAGAUUU